CUCGCCAUGCUUCCAAGUCCGCAGGUCCCGGUGCAGGUGUGGGUGGGCGGCCAGCUCUUCCAGGCCGACCGGGCCCUGCUGGUGGAGCACUGCGGCUUCUUCCGCGGCCUCUUCCGCUCGGGCAUGCGGGAGGCGCGCGCGGCCGAGGUGCGCCUGGGCGCGCUGAGCCCGGGCGGCUUCCGCACCACGCUGCGGGUGCUGCGCGGCGAGCGGCCGGCGCUGGAGGCCGCCGACGACCUGCUGCAGGUAGAACUGGGCUUCUGCUACGACCACGCCGGCACGUGGUGCGAGUUCCGCCCGCACCAGCCGCGCUACGACACCGCGCUGGCCGGCUUCGAUGGCCGCCUCUACGCCAGGGGCGAGUUCCAGAGGACGGCCAUGAGCUCCGUGGAGCGCUACGACCCGGCCACGGGCUGCUGGAGCUUCGUGGCAGACCUGCCGCAGCCGGCUGCCGGCGUGCCCUGCGCCCAGGCGCGCGGUCGCCUCUUCGUGUGUCUGUGGCGGCCGGCGGAUACCACGGCUGUCGUGGAGUACGCGGUGCGGACCGACGCGUGGCUGCCGGUGGCCGACCUGCAGCGCCCGCAGAGCUACGGCCACUUCAUGGUGGCCCACCGGGACAGCCUCUACGUGGUGCGCAACGGACCGUCGGAUGACUUCCUGCACUGCGCCAUCGACUGCCUCAACCUGGCCACAGGCCAGUGGACGGCGCUGCCCGGCCAGUUUGUCAACAGCAAGGGAGCCCUCUUUACGGCGGUAGUACGCGGCGACACCGUCUAUACUGUCAACCGCAUGUUCACGCUGCUCUAUGCCAUCGAGGGCAGCACCUGGCGGCUGCUCAGGGAAAAGGCGGGCUUCCCACGGCCCGGCUCUUUGCAAACCUUUCUCCUGAGGCUGCCUCGUGGUGCUCCGGGGCCUGUGGCCUUGACAACGCCUGAACUGUGACUCCUGGGCCGGGCUUUAGGAGGGGACGACCUCCUGAGUCUUCCCUGAGCUGUGGCUGAGUCUACGAGGCUGGCCUUGGUUUGGCAGGGAACUUCUCUCUCUGGUUGCUAUGUCUGAAUCUCAUGUCUUUUGGUGUGAACAUGUCCAAGAAACUCAGGGAGCAAUGCUGGAGUUUGAGCCCUCAAAUUAUUUGAGCUUUUCUGAGAGCUGGGGGUCACAAUG